GACGCCUCCUCUCGCUUCUCUUCCUCCCUCUCCCCCCCUAUCGUCGGGAGCUGCGACGGGAGGCGCGCCACGUCUCGCCCGCUCCGCUCCGCGCCCUCCUCCCCCCGCCGAUGAGCUUCCGCGCGGCGCCGUGGGGCCGCCCGUCGCUCCCCGGCGGCCGGCACCCGGCGCGGCCUCACGGUCCAUUCGGGGGUAUGAAUGCAUGGAGGAAUUCAAUCCUUAAGAAUUCAUGGAGGUUUGGUGGUACACCAAUCAACUUUGGACUACCGUCUGCACUAUUCAGAUGCAUGGCUUCAAGUACCUCAGGAGGUGGUACUUUUUCACGGCCUACAUCAACUGAUGAAGGGCCAAUGCCAAUAUAUUCUUGGCCAGAUAAGCAGCGACCACGAGUGUGCAUCUUGGGUGGUGGAUUUGGUGGCCUAUACACUGCUCUAAGAUUAGAAUCUCUUGUAUGGCCCAACGAUAAGAAGCCUCAGGUUAUGCUGGUUGAUCAAUCUGACAGAUUUGUAUUUAAGCCCAUGCUGUAUGAGCUCUUGUCAGGAGAAGUGGAUGUUUGGGAGAUAGCUCCAUCAUUUAUGGAGUUGCUGAAGAACACCAGUGUUCAAUUUGUGAAGGAUAGUGUAAAGCUUCUGCGCCCUUCUGAUCACUUCAGAAGAGAGUCCGGAGGGUCAUGCACUGGUGGAGUUGUUCAUCUGGAAAGUGGCACUGUUGUUGAAUAUGAUUGGCUCGUUCUAGCUUUAGGGGCUGAAGCUAAAAUUGAUGUUGUCCCUGGAUCUGCUGAAUAUGCAAUUCCUUUCACGACUUUGGAUGAUGCUUUGAAAGUUGAAAGCCAGCUGAAAAUGUUAGAAAGGAGAAGGUUUGGUAGGAGUAUCCCUGAUAUUCAGGUGGCCAUUGUGGGAUUGGGUUAUUCUGGUGUAGAGUUAGCUGCUACUAUCUCUGAGAGAUUAAAGAACACGGGGACUGUUCAAGCCAUUAAUGUUCAGACAACUAUCUGUCCCAGUGCACCACCAGGAAAUCGGGAUGCUGCUCUGAAGGUCCUUGAAUCUCGAAAUAUUCAACUUUUCUUGGGAUAUUUCGUGAAAUGCAUCAGAGAAGCUUCUGCAUCUGAGGACUCAGUUACCACGGAUACAGAUGCAAAAGAAGUUAAUGGUGACCAUAAGAAACUACUGUUGGAACUUCAACCUGCUCAAAGGGGCCUCCAGAGCCAGGUUCUGGAGGCUGAUAUGGUAUUAUGGACAGUGGGUUCAACCUCUCAGAUUCCUCGGUUACAGCCUCCGGAUGCUCCCUAUGUUAUUCCUUUAAAUGGUCGAGGUCAGGUAGAGACCGAGGAAACCCUUCAAGUAAAAGGCCAUCCUCGAACUUUUGCAAUCGGUGAUUCAGCAGCUCUAAGAGACCCAUCAGGCAAACUUCUCCCAGCCACUGCACAGGUUGCUUUUCAACAAGCAGAUUUUGCUGGAUGGAAUCUCUGGGCAGCAAUCAAUGACCGACCUCUUCUUCCAUUCAGGUUUCAGAAUCUUGGUGAGAUGAUGACACUUGGUAGAAGUGACGCUGCCAUAACAGCAAGCUUCAUUGAGGGUCUAACCUUGGAAGGACCUAUAGGGCAUGCUGCUAGGAAGAUUGUAUAUUGCCUUAGGAUGCCCACGGAUGAACAUCGGGUGAAAGUUGGAAUCAGUUGGUUAACAAAGACCGCUGUCGAUUCACUUGCCUCCCUGCAAAACGCAUCUCCAGCUCCGUUUGCUGUAGGUGGCCAACUCAUUUCCUCCCGAUCCCGCCACCACCAACCGCUCGCCGCGCGCCAUGGAUCCCGACACCGAGGUCGCCUUCGACUUCCAACCCUACCUCUGCCAGUACAAGAGCGGCCGCAUCUUCCGCCCCGGCGGCGAGGCCACGGUGCCCGCCGGCGCCGACCCCGUCACCGGCGUCGUCUCCCGGGACAUCCACGCCGGCGACGCCAGGGCGCGCGUGUACCUCCCGCCCGGCGCCGCCGUGUCGACCGAGAAGCUGCCGGUUGUUGUGUACUUCCAUGGUGGCGGGUUCGUCACCGGCUCGCCCGCCAGGCCUGGCACCCACGCCUACCUCAACGACCUCGUGGCUCGGUCCGGCGCGAUUGGGGUGUCCGUGUACUACCGCCUCGCGCCGGAGAACCCGCUCCCGGCGGCGUACGAGGACGCGUGGGCGGCUGUGCGGUGGGCGGCCACCCGCGGGGACGGCGCCGACCCGUGGCUGCUCGACCACGCCGAUCUGUCCCGCUUCUUCCUCGUCGGGUGCAGCGCCGGCGCCAACAUCGCCCACAACAUGGCCGUCCGCUGCGGCGCCGCCGACGGCGCGCUCCCGGACGGCGUGACCCUCCGCGGCCUCGUGGUGGUCCACCCCUACUUCACCGGCAAGGAGGCCGUGGGCGCCGAGACGGCGUUCGGCCCCGAGGUCCGCGAGUUCUUCGACCGGACAUGGCGCUUCGUGUUCCCGGAGACGUCCGGGCUGGACGACCCGCGCGUGAACCCGUUCGUCGACGACGCGGCGCGCGCCGCCGCCGCCGCGAUCCCGUGCGGGCGCGUGCUGGUGUGCGUGGCCGAGAAGGACUUCUUCCUCAAGGAGCGGGGGCUGUGGUACCACCGGGAGCUCAAGGCGAGCGGCUAUGGCGGCGAGCUGGAGCUGUUCGAGUCCAAGGGCGUCGACCACGCGUUCCACUUCGCCAUGCUCGACUCCGACCAGGCCGUCGAGCUGCAGGAGAUCAACGUUGCAUUCAUCAAGAAAUGAAGCUCGCCGCCGGCGGAGACUCAGAUUUGAAGACGGUUUAGUCUAAAUAAGAUUGGGAAAUUUCUCACACCCACUCUCUCUCUCUCUUAAUUCUUCACAUACUGUUGUGGUGCUUCGACCAUUACUUGGCACAAAAUGAUUUGUAAUACUACUGCCUGUGGAACUUACUAAUUUCAUUCGAAAUAUGAUGAUUUGCCAUUGUACUCA